GAGCUGGUCUCGAUACCCCCACAAAAAUUCACCAUGCACUUCGCACUGCGGCUGGCCGCUUUCGCUGCCCUUCUACUCACUUCACAUUCCGAUGCAUUGUUCAUCCCAGUUAAACGGGAUAUGCUCUGCAAUGGCCACGCGGGGCUAUGCGAUCGGAAAUAUGGAAAUACCACCUUCCUUGGCUCACACGACUCUUUUGCAGUUAGCACGAGUGUCUUUGCUCUUGCGAGGACGCAAGAGGUCGACGUGCCUUCACAGUUGAGGAGAGGUGUUAGGAUGUUGCAGGCACAAGGACAUAUGAAUGGGGGGAAACUGCAUUUCUGCCAUACCACUUGUGGUCUCUACGACGGCGGUACGGUUGAGCAAUACUUGAAGGACGUCAAGUACUUCCUCGAUCGCCACCCCAACGAAGUCCUUACCUUCAUAUUCACCAACCCCGAAAACCUCUCCGUCGACAAGGUCUGGAAACCUGUGUUUGAUAGUUCCGGGAUAACGAACCUAACAUACGUCCCUCCCCAACCCGUCAUGGCUCGAGACGACUGGCCAACAUUGGGAGAGAUGAUCGCCUCCGGGAAGCGGGUAGUCGUGUUUCUAGAUAAAGGCGCAGAGAACAAGACGGAUCCGUCCUCCGCGUUCAUUUUGCCCCAAUUCCAGAUGGUCUGGGAAGACCCUUAUGAUCCCACCGAUCCUAAAUGGCCAUGCAAGGUUGAUCGAACCGCUGGUCCUCUUGCUCCAAGCCAACAGCUCAAUCUGAUGAACCACAACUUGAACGUCAACCUUAUCCCUGUUGGUCACGGCGUUCGCCUUCCUGAUCGUCUGAGUAGCCCCAGAACCAACGGCAUUAGAUCGAUAUUAAAGCAUGCGUACAAUUGUGCACCUAUAGUGGAGAACCGCGCUCCGAAUUUCGUCAUGCUGGAUUAUGUCAACAUUGGGCAGGGGCUGGAGGCUGUGAAUCGAUUGAAUGGGUUUGCGUUUGAUUCGUGAUUGGGCGAGGGUGCUGCGCGUAUUCGUCCAUAGCGAGCUAAGUGUAGGGUGUUCAAAAUUUGCAGCGCGAAUAAAAAACAGGAUUUCUACCAAC